GACCCGGAACCUGCUCCGCAUCGGGGUGAUCGAGAAGCCGCUGUGGUUCGACGUCUACGCCGCCUUCCCCCCGCUGAGGGAGCCCGUGUACCGGGUGCCGCGGCCGCGCUACGGCAAGGUGAAGGACGUCAUCCCGCCCAUCUUCUACCGGGAGGACGAAGUGCGAGCGAAGUUUUACAGAAUUUAUGGCAGUGGUCCGAGACCUUUCGACCUGUCGCAACCAAACUACAAAUCUACUUGCCAGAGGUUUGUGGAGAAAUUCAAUGAACUGAAGGAAGAAGGAAAAAUUGAAGAGGAAGACUUGUUUGAAGAGACAGGAAAAGCCCUUUUAGCCAGUGGGAUAAUCCUGCAGAGAAAAGGAACAGAUAAAGUAACACAACCGGAUCAUCGGGAUGCUGAAUCCAGGGACUCCGCGCUACACCUGCAGCUUCAGACCGUGCUGGAAGAGAUGCAGGAGAAGAAGACAGACCAGGAGGAGCAGAGGCCAGAGCUGGCAGAGAGGCAGAAGGAAAAUCCCGUCCCCUCCUAG